UCCGUUCGAACGCGCUGACGUCAUCUAUAUAAAGGCCCUCAGCCCCUUUGUUCCUCUUCAGUGCGUCGUUGCAGGCCGGCGGGGAGGAGAUUCCAAAACCUGUCAAAAUGGUUGAAGCAGAUCGGCCUGGGAAGCUGUUCGUUGGUGGAUUGAACAUUGAAACGAAUGAGAAAGCUCUUGAAUCUGUCUUUGGCAAAUAUGGCCGUAUCGUAGAAGUUCUCCUUAUGAAAGAUCGUGAAACCAACAAAUCCAGAGGCUUUGCUUUUGUCACAUUUGAGAGCCCAGCAGAUGCUAAGGAUGCAGCAAGAGAUAUGAAUGGAAAGUCUUUAGAUGGAAAAUCCAUUAAAGUUGAACAAGCUACCAAGCCAACCUUUGAAACUGGUAGACGUGGGCCCCUCCCUCCAAGGAGCAGAGGACCCCCAAGAGGCCUUAGAGGUGGAAGAGGCAGCAGUGGAACCCGAGGGCCUCCUUCAAGAGGCAGUCACUUAGGUUCCUCUAGAGGCCCUCUUCCAAUGAAAAGGGGCCCGCCUCCCCGUAGUGGGGGCCCACCACCCAAAAGACCUGCGCCAUCUGGACCUGUACGCAGCAGUAGCGGAAUGGGUGGUAGAGCGCCCCUGUCCCGUGGCAGAGACAGCUAUGGGGGGCCUCCACGAAGAGACUCCUUGCCCUCACGAAGAGAUGUCUACUUAUCUCCCAGAGAUGAUGGCUACAGUACUAAAGACAGUUAUUCAAGCCGAGAUUAUCCAAGUUCCAGAGAUACCAGAGAUUAUGCCCCCCCACCAAGGGAUUAUGCCUAUCGUGAUUAUGGACAUUCCAGUUCCCGUGAUGAGUAUCCCUCAAGAGGUUACAGUUAUUCCUCCUACAGCGAUCGGGAUGGCUAUGGAGGGCGUGACCGGGAUUACUCGGACCAUCCCAGUGGAGGCUCUUACAGAGAUUCCUAUGAGAGUUACGGUAACUCACGUAGCGCUCCCCCUGCACGCGGGCCCCCUCCAUCAUAUGGUGGAAGCAGUCGCUAUGAUGAUUACGGAAGCACCCGUGAUGGGUAUGGUGGAAGUCGAGAGAGUUACUCAAGCAGCAGAAGCGAGGUCUACUCAAGUGGCCGAGACCAUGUGGGCAGACAAGACAGAGGCCUUCCCCCUUCUAUGGAACGGGGCUACCCUCCGCCACGCGAUUCUUACAGCAGCUCGAGCCGCGGAGCACCCCGAGGUGGCGGCCGGGGAGGGAGCCGCUCGGAAAGAGGUGGAGGCAGAAGCCGAUACUAAAAAACCUUUGAAACUCAUGGACCAAAUCAAGUUUUUUCCUCCUCCUUCUCCUCCCCCCAACACAAGGAAUGUGGAAGUUUUAUCUCGUUCCCAUCCAGAGGACUACCGAAACGAUGUUUUUAACUUUUUUUUUAAUUGUUGCUUGUUAAGUUCCCCUUCAUUACUGAUGUUUUUUGUGAGGAAAGAGUAAAAACAUGUUUAAUUUCAUUUCAAAAUUGUUAAUAAUUUCUCUCAAAAAGCAGAUGUUAAUGUAUGCCGUUUUGAGCCUAUGUACUAGUGUUGUAACCUUUUCAAAGUAAAAGUUAACCCUGAAAUGCCA